AUGGCUGCGGCUCCGUCGCGCGGCGAGGUGGACUCGGCGUCGCUGCCGCUGGAGCACCGCGCCGUCUACGGGCCGCCGCCCCCGCUCCCAGGGCUGCCCGGGCCGGGCUACGGCGCGCCGCCCCCACUGCCGGGCCUGCCCGGGCCCGACGACCCCUGGCCGCUCGCAACGCCCGACAUGCCGCAGAUCAAGCACCUCCAGGUGCAGUGCGAGAAGACGCACAUGCGCGUCAACAUCGAGUUCGACAGGCCCUUCUACGGCAUGAUCUUCUCUAAAGGUUUCUACAGCGACCCUCACUGCGUUCACCUCAAGCCGGGCACCGGCCACCUGAGCGCCACGUUCGAGAUCUUCCUCAACAGCUGCGGCAUGUCCUCGUCAGCGAACCACGGCGGCGGCGGCUACGGUGGGCCGACGCCCAGCGGCAGCUACGUCGAGAACACCAUCAUCAUCCAGUACGACCCUUACGUACAGGAGGUGUGGGACCAGGCGCGCAAGCUGCGCUGCACGUGGUACGACUUCUACGAGAAGGCCGUCACCUUCAGGCCCUUCCAGGUUGAUAUGCUGCACGCCGUGACAGCCAACUUCCUGGGCGACAAUCUGCAGUGCUGGAUGCAGAUCCAGGUAGGAAAGGGCCCAUGGGCAUCAGAGGUGUCUGGUAUCGUCAAGAUCGGCCAGACCAUGACCAUGGUGCUGGCCAUCAAGGACGACGAGAACAAGUUCGACAUGCUGGUGCGCAACUGCGUGGCCCACGACGGCAAACGCGCGCCCAUCCAGCUGGUGGAUCAGUACGGCUGCGUCGUCAGGCCCAAGAUCAUGUCGCGCUUCCAGAAAAUCAAGAACUUCGGCCCGUCCGCCUCUGUCGUCUCCUUCGCCUACUUCCAGGCCUUCAAGUUCCCAGACUCCAUGAACGUGCACUUCCAGUGCGUCAUACAGGUGUGCCGCUACAACUGCCCCGAGCCCAAGUGCGGCGGAGGCCUGUCUGGGGAGUACGGCCCGCCGUCGCUGGGCGCCGAGUACGGCGCGCCGCUGCCGCUGCCGGGCGCCGAGUACGGCCCGCCGCCGCCACUGCCGCCGUCGCUGGGCGAGUACGGGCUGCCCGCCGCCGCCUUCCCGGACCCGCGCCACCCCUCCGGCCCAGCCGGCGCCUUCUCGGAGCCCAAGCCCGACGUGGUGCCCGCGCCGCAGCCGCAGGCGUCGGCCCAGCAGGGCGCGCCCGCCUCCUCCACGUCCAACCCGGCCACCACGGGCAACCAGCAGCCCAAUUCGGGCGGCAACCAGCAGCCGCCGUCGUCGCCCGCGCCCAACGACAACGAGGUGCACCUGCCGCCGCCGCCGCCGCCCGGCUACCAGAACGCCUACACCACCGUCAAGAGGAAGGGCACCGGGGGCAGCGUCGUCGACGAGCUGGAAGGCAACCUGGCCACCCUCGGAGGCCGGCCGCGCUCCGUCGAGCUGGAACUGCUGCACGGCGCGCGUCGCCGCAGGGCCACCACCCAGGAGCUCGACGUCAACACCAGCCGCGUCAUACAGGUUGUGGCUCCGGGAGACGUGAACUUCGCUCUGGGCGGCUCGGGCUCGACAGCCAACGAGACGGUGGUGAUCCAGGCGGCGCCGCGCGCGGCCGACGGCGAGCACAUCUGCAUGUCGGUGCCCAGCUUCGUGGGCGGCCUGGUGAUGCUGCUGCUGCUGCUCGUGGUCGCCUCGCUGGUCGCCGCCUUCCUGUUCGUGCGCGUGCGCGCCAUCGACCGCAAGGGCGCCGGCGCCGGGUCGUCCGGCCUGGGCUUCGUGCCCUCCGUGUCCGCCUUCCUGCACCGGCCCUCCGCACCUGCGGGACCCUUCGAGCACGCCGCGGAAUUCGUCAAGGUCGCCGCGGGCCCCUGUCCCAACUGAGCUCUUCUAGCCUGCUCCUAGACGUAACCGCAGCCCCGCUGCCGCCACGUCUCCGCCACCCGCUGGCCCACCUCACCGGUUCUGAUGCAGUGAGCAAGUGGGGCAGCGCCGUUGUGGGCGUAAAUCGACCGCGCUGUCCAUCACUGGGAACCGGCAACGUCGUAGCUGUAAGACGAGCCAUCUGCAGACCAGUUUACACCUCACACAAUGGACCAUCGUCAGUCUCGUCUGUUUCGUACUAAAAGUCUCAUUGAGUUUGGCAAUGAGCACUUUACAGCAAUUCAAGAACGCAUGACGUCAAGAAGAGGGUGCUCUACUGAAGAUUCUGCUGGAUAAAAAUAAAACACUUUCGCCGUAAGUCAGCUACUACAACGACGACCACAAGUGCGACGGACUGUGUUCACCUGUUUCGCGAUGGUUUUCUGUGCUGAGUACUCACUUCUUUCUUUGGUAACAAGUUUUUGGGCUCCCGUCCGUACGGUACAUAGUGUUAGGGCCAGGGCAAGCAAAAUUCUUGGGAUAUUUAGCGGUGUGUCCACAAAUACAGCGGUUUUUUUUCUUUAAAUACCUCAGGGUACAUAGCAAUUUGUAGCUCCAGUUUAGUUCACUGUAAAAGAAACACAUUGGCAGCUUAGAAGGAAGUGAGUAACUCAACGUAGAUUUCAGUUACGACGUUGAGGUGGCAGCAAGAGCCCUUACGAACUCAUAGGGAAGUGAGAUGUGUGGGAAACGUGAAAGGUGCUGCUCGGAUAGCACGGGAGGUAUCUCGCCAGCAUUUCGGAAACGUGACUUCCUUGAAAGGAUUACAGUCGUGAGACUCGAAAUCCUUUCCGCCUAGGGCUGAAAAGACUGAACUGACCUGUUGCAACUGCCCUACCUUUUGAAAGAGUCUUAGCAUUUUACCUGCAGUUAGGCCAUUUUAAUGGACUUUAAAAUGACUUAACGGCAGAUCAGUCAUUUAAUUUAAGACUAUCCUAAAAUUAAGCACAACCUCAUUUUUCAGAAUGAUUCGUAAUUGUGUGUCAUUGACACCUUUUCUACUUUUAGUUAGAAAAGCGAGAUAUUCAGUAAGUCAAUAUUGCAGACUAUUAAUAGUAGUUCUAUACAGCGCUGCUGUUACGUGUUGUCAGAGUUCAUUCUUUCUUUUGUUUUAAUCUCCGAGAAAAAAGAACUUCUGUUAUUUUUCCAAAAAAAGAAAAAAAUACGAAAGUACAUCGAUCUUUGGAUGCGCUUGAAUUCUCUGCGCUUCCUCUUUAGGAUUUUUUCAUCUCAGUUGAUGUUAUUCAUGCCACUAUGACACGUCAUUUUUUACACGCAUUAUAUGUAAAUCAUUACAAUGCUCCUAUUUAUAUGAACAUAAUUUAUCGUUUAUAAUUUAAGUUAUUUAUAUUUUAAUUGUAACAAAUGACACAACUAUUAUAUAUAAGUCAGAACAGUUCAGUAAAACACUCCAGUGUCCAGCUGUUGUUCUCCUAUUGACCAAAGUGAUACAAGGUUAGCACUCUCUCGUUAAAAAUUUUCUAGCUUUCCUAAAGUAAUUAUUCCAGUAGUAAUUACUGAAAAGCAUCUAAUUAUGUAUGAUUCCGGACAUAAUUCAUAUUGUGAGAUUUAUUACUAGAAAAAUCUUUGCCUUUCAAAUGUGAAAUCUCUCAGGAAGGGACCAAUGUAAUAGUCAGUGUCCACUAUUUUAAUCAAAAUACAUUUUUGUACAGUUUAAUCCAAGUGUGUAAUUAAUAUUAACAUUUUUAACUUUCCAUAAAGGAAGAAACUGUAGUUACAAGGUAACUAGACAAAAGAAACAACGCUCGGUAAAUUAUAGUGUGGGGAAACAGUGUUUUCCCUACGAAAGUUUACCUUUAAUGUUGCUCUGUUGAAUUAAGUCAGUAUUAUCAGUUGAGGAAUGUGCGAUGGAUAUAAAAGAAUAUGCGUUGAAAUAAAGCA